AUGUGUUGCGGUCAUCAAAAGAUUGAGCUCAUUUUAUCUUAUACUAUUGAGCGUAAGUCGUUCUGUGGUCGGGCGCGUUUCGCCAGAGCCAAGGCUAACAGGGCGACACCGGGACAGCCUCAGGACGACCCCGGGACGACCCCGGAACGACUCCGAAACAACUUCGGAACGGCCCCGAGACGACCUUGGGACGACCUCAGGACGAUCUCGGGACGACCCUGGGACAACCUCGGGACGAUCCCGACUCCGAGACAAUUUCGGAACGGCCCCGAGACAACUUUGAAACGGUCCCAGGACGACACCAGGAAGACCCCAGGACGAUCUAGGGACGUCUCCGGGACAACCCCAAGACGACCCUGGGACGACUCCGAGACAACUUCGGAUCGGCCCCGGGACAACUUCGAAACGGCCCCGGACGACACCGGGACGACCUCAGGACGACUCCGGGACCGCCGUGGGACAACCCCGAUACGACCUUGGGACAGCCCCGUGACGACCACGAGACGACCUCGGGACGUCUCCGGGACGACCCCGGGAGGACCCGGCACCCGCGGAGCGCCUUUUUUUCCUCAUUAUUUUAGUGGCUUAUUUCUCACCCAUAUUUUAAAUUUUACGAGUCGGGGCGACCCCGGGAGCAGGCUUGUGCGAGGGCCGGCCCGUCAACCUCUCAUGACUUAA